CAAUUUAUUGCGCAUUAUUGACAUUUCCACCACAGUAUAAAUAGGUAAAUGGAUCAAUCAAUAUUACAGUUGACUCAGUUCAAUUAUCCGAUCAAAAUGAUGAAAAUCGUGUUGGUUUUUGCUUUCUGCAUGGCUUCGGCCCUUGCUUUGCCGCAACCCAUCGCACCUAAAAGUGACUGGGCUGCAUGCGCCACCGACUUCCAAGCACGUUUGAUCGCUGCUCUUCAAACAACCAAGAAUCAAGUGGUUGAAUGCACCGUUGACUGCGCUGAAGAACUGGUUGGUCUUGAACAGGAACUCGAAGCUUCUUUCAAGAACGCCAUCGCCGCCAUUAAGGAACAAGCCGCUGCCAUUGAAGCCUGUGGUGAUGACUCCGAAUGCAGGAUCGCUGCCGUCAAGGAAAUCGUCGGUAUUGUUUUGACUAAUGUCAAUGACAACACUGCCAUCGUCAAGAAACACCUUGCUGAACUCGAGGGUAAAUUCCCCGAGGCUGCUCAAUGCGCAGGUCAGGCUUUCGUUGCUUUGGGAGAGGAAAGCAAAGCCGCUGCUCUUGAAUUUGUCGGAUGCAUCAAAGCAUAAAAUGUAAAACCAAAGAAUAAACACGUAAAAAUUUAAAA